CAAUCGCACAGCCAUCACUAUAGCAGCCUCCCUACGCACGGCUGCCCACCACUGCUUCCAGCCUUCGCCGCUACCGGAGAGAAUGCCUUCAGCCACCGCGCCAGGCCAAGGAGCAGCACCCUCACCAACGUGACAGAGUACCAACAUCCACGCAAGGCGGAGAGCAAACCCAGCUUUUGCACGGUUUCGGCACAGGACUUGAACUGCAGGUCUACUUCGUAUAAAAAAUGAAGAAAAUGAUAGCCCUAGGGUUUGAGGGUUCAGCCAACAAGAUUGGUGUUGGGGUUGUGACUUUAGAUGGCACCAUUCUAUCGAAUCCACGCCACACCUACAUUACCCCUCCUGGCCAAGGAUUCCUUCCACGAGAAACUGCCCAACACCAUCUCCAACACAUUCUUCCCCUGAUCAAAUCUGCUUUGAAGACUGCCCAAAUAACUCCGGAUGAAAUUGAUUGCCUUUGUUACACCAAGGGUCCUGGCAUGGGGGCCCCACUACAAGUUUCUGCUGUUGUUGUUCGGAUUCUUUCGCAGCUUUGGAAGAAGCCCAUUGUUGCUGUUAAUCACUGUGUUGCACAUAUUGAGAUGGGAAGGAUUGUGACUGGGGCAGAUGAUCCUGUUGUGUUGUAUGUUAGUGGUGGGAAUACUCAGGUAAUUGCAUAUAGUGAAGGGCGGUACCGGAUCUUUGGGGAAACUAUUGAUAUUGCUGUUGGAAAUUGCUUGGAUCGAUUUGCUAGAGUGUUAACACUAUCCAAUGAUCCAAGCCCUGGAUAUAACAUUGAGCAGCUUGCAAAGAAAGGGGAAAUGUUUAUAGACCUUCCUUAUGUUGUCAAAGGGAUGGAUGUAUCUUUCAGUGGAAUAUUGAGCUAUAUUGAAGCCACUGCUGUAGAGAAGCUAAAAAAUAAUGAGUGCACCCCCGCAGACUUGUGUUACUCCUUGCAGGAAACAUUAUUUGCAAUGCUUGUGGAGAUUACAGAACGGGCAAUGGCACACUGUGACACGAAAGAUAUUCUUAUUGUUGGCGGUGUUGGUUGCAAUGAACGCUUGCAGGAGAUGAUGAGAAUAAUGUGCUCUGAGCGCGGUGGAAGGUUGUUUGCUACUGAUGACAGGUAUUGCAUUGAUAAUGGGGCAAUGAUUGCAUAUACUGGUCUCCUUGCUUAUGCUCACGGUGCAUCGACUCCGCUGGAGGAAUCGACAUUCACCCAGCGGUUUCGGACUGAUGAAGUACAUGCAAUCUGGAGGGAGAAAAAGGAGCCUUCAAACAUAAAUGAUGGUGUCUCUUGUCAGAUUUGAGUGACUGUGUGUUACAUUUACAAGAAAAUAGGCUGAGAGGUACAAUCGCUCCAAAUUCUUGGUGUAGAAGAAUUGGGAGGAACAAUCCCUACGUUCUCUUCUCAGACAACUUAGGGAUUGUAUGUUGUGUUCAAUGUAUUUUAUUUGUAUUGAUUAUUGGAUAAAUAACGAUAUUGGACCCGAAGAGGAGGCUUUGGGUUGGGAUUAGUGUUUCAGCACUAUUUGCAAUCUCUUUAGUGGUAACUAUUUCUUCACAA